AUCAGUGUUGUUCCAGUAAGAAUCACUGGAACUGGAAGGAAUACUGGAUUAAAAUUUAAAGAUAUGACCGUUCUAGUCAGUGUUGGGUACAGUCCUAAGUCCAGUUUUAAAAACUGGACUGGACUGGACU